UCUCCGCAGUCUCCGGAAAUCAGGCCGGCCUGUCCGCGCCCAGGGCUCUUUCGGUUUCCGUCACCAGCCGGUGCACUCAUUCUCUCCGACGGCGACGCAGGGACCGGAGCGAUACGGAACUCCUCCUCCCGACGCAGCAGCACCCGGAACCUCACCGGGACGCCUGACGGCUGUCACGUGCCCCGAGUUGGCCGGCUUCCGUCUCCUCAUUUCCGGGUGGCCCCCCCCCCCCUCCCGCCACUUCGGUCCUGCCGGGCGCUGGCGGCGGAGGGUUCUUCCUUCCGGCUUCGGACGGUCGCCGGGCUGCCCCUUCCCGGGGCCCAGCGGGAGGGACAUGAGCGUCCCGGGGUCACCGCCCCCAGAUGGCGAGCCGACGCUGGGGGUGAGCGACGCUUCUCCCGAUGAAGGGUUAAUCGAGGACUUGCUGGUGGAAGACAGAGCUGUGGAGCAGCUGGCGGAGGGUCUGCUUUCUCACUACCUGCCGGACCUGCAGAGAUCAAAACAAGCCCUUCAGGAGCUCACACAGAACCAGGUUGUAUUAUUAGAUACUUUGGAACAAGAGAUUUCAAAAUUUAAAGAAUGUCAUUCUAUGUUGGAUAUUAAUGCUUUGUUCAUGGAGGCCAAGCACUACCAUGCCAAGCUGGUGAGCAUAAGGAGGGACAUGCUGCUGCUGCACGAGAAGACGUCCAAGCUGAAGAAGAGAGCGCUUAAACUGCAGCAGAAGAGGCAAAAAGAAGAGUUGGAAAAGGAGCAGCAGCGGGAGAAGGAGUUCGAGAGAGAGAAGCAGCUGACGGCCAGGCCGGCCAAAAGGACAUGAGGAGCUGCAUGCUCUCUGCCCUGCUGGCCUGGGUGGGUGCGGACGGUGUCUUAGUCUUGAGUUUAAUUGGGAUCCUCUUCAUUUCAGCCAUUCAGGAAGCCUUUCCUCUGAGCAGCAGAUACAGUGUCACUUGGUUUGGAUAUUUAUAUGUGAUUUUUCAACAUUGCUUUACCAUAAAAUUAAUCAUUUUGGCCUUGAGUUGUUUGUGAACCGGAAAACUCUGAUUAUCACAUGUGUGGGCUGAGCUCUCAAAGUCAGUAUGAAUUCUGGACGUGUUGAGUGUAACGCAGACAUUGCGGUUUCUUACCGUAUAAACGGACCACCUUUCUGGCAGCGCAGCGCUGGUGUUUGGCAGCCGCCUGUGGCUUGGUUAGGAAGCCGAGUGCCCUCGGAGCAGAGGCCUCAUGGAGAAUAACCGUGCCUCAGACGCAGGGGAGCAGGACGCUGAGUCCCCUGCCCGUUCCUGUGUCGCUGCUUACCUCGAGCUCGCCCUGAAGUGGGUCCUGAAGCGGGGCAGGAGCGGAGGAGGUCUCCUCACAUAUGGCUUCUAACGCAGUGUGAAGUGGAACAGUUACCUCCUCUAGAGACAGCUCUGGGCCUGUGGGAAGCUGGUCAGUAGCUUCCGGACAGGCAGCCUGAUGCCUUUCGUGUUUCUGGGUUUUUCCUGAUGUUCUGCGCAGGAACUCAGUAUGUGAGGGAAAGAUGAAGUUUCAUUGUUUUAAAUCACGAGUGUGUUGUGCCCUCUUAUUUAGGGUUAUUAUUAUUCAGCUCUCUUAUUUAGGAUUAUUAUUAUUCAGCUGGUCUUCAGUCUGUUAGGCAGGACUGCAAAGGUUUGUCAUUAGAAUCUGCCUUUUGUAAUCCACAUCAUGUCUUUGGUAUGCUGGAAUCCCUACCUCUGAUUACAUGGCAGGCUAGUGAUAGAGGAAGCGUUAGAGUUGGAGCGGUAAGGCCGGGCUCUGUAGGGGUUUAAAUAAUUGGUUUGAAAGAGUCAUUUCCUUCUUUAGCGAAUGCCUUAUGGCCUUACAAUUCCCUUAACUUAGACCUUAUAUCGAAGAAUAUCAAUAGCUCUUAUUUGAAAGGCUGCUGCCUCCCAGCCCUUGCUGAGCCGGCCGGGGCAGGGUUCAUAGGGCCUGCAGGACACUGUCCCUGGAACCGCUGAGCUUCUGCACCAGGUGUGUGGGCCUUGCAGGUGCUGCUUCCCACACACCACUCUCCACCUGUUGAAAUGCAUUUGUGUGUUUGUUACCUUUUGUGUUUUCGCGUUUCCCCAGUGGUUUUGAUGCACUUCAAAGAUGAGAUCUGUGUCUCAGCCUAGCGGUCAGGGCCUCAGCCUCCCACGCUAGGCUUCGAAUCAGUUUCACCUGGGCACUUGAGCAGAGGCACAGGUGCUCCACAGGGUGACACCGUGGUUUUGAUGUGGAGCCGUGUGUCUGAUAACCAGGGCCGCUGGUGUAGACCAUCUCGUGCUUUAGAUAUGUAAGCAAUGGAAUAGGUCAGCAUAGGGUUAAUCUUAUGGAGUAAGUCCUGUUAUAUAUACAGUUAGAUUUAAGAUCGAGCCCCAGCAGGCAGAAAUAGAUGCAGACUUCUGGUUAAUUAAUUAAACUUUUGUGACUUGUAUUAAAAUAAAUCAUGUUUGGGCCGGGGAUUUAGCUCAGUGGUUCUGGUGCCUGCCUCGCAAGCGCAAGGUGCAGAGUUCAAUCCCCGGUACCACACACGCACACACACACAAAUAGUGUUUAUUGGAUGAAUGGUAAGGAGCACAUACUUUCAUAAUUAUAUUCAAGUUUUGAAGACUUUUUAAAAUGCCACAACAAAUAUAUAUAUAAGCAUAUAUACUAUUUUAAGACCAAUAGUAAGUCAGAAGUGACAUUAUCUUGAUGAUUAAAAUUGAAAACCUGAGGUGUAUUUCAGUAACUGAUACAUAUCUUCCUAACUAAAAAUUGAACCCUUAUGAUUAGUCUUGCUGUAUUUUUCACAAAGUAGGCAAUUGGUUAAAAAAAGGUCGUCUUUUGAAACUAUAUCAAACAUGUACUGAACUAUAAAAUAAUGGUAGUUUGUUUUGUGUUUACUUUGCAGAGAGCACCUUGUAAAUAUGCAGACCCCGAAUGUAAUAUAGAUUGUGUCCGCAGUGAGUUUUUGGGUGGGUAUAGUUUAUACCAAUUACACACUCCAUAUGUUUGUCUGAUUUCAAACUUGUAAAGUGAGGACUACUUUUUACACAUUUAAUAAAGAAAUCUCUGAA